GUACCUAGCUACCCCGUGGCCCCAGGUUUCUACCUACCUACCUACACAUUCCCCCCAUCCACUAAUUACCCUAGGUAUCUGCCCGAUCGGUCGCAUCAGCUGCUUGUCGCAUUCAUGGCUGUUUCUGUGCCCAGCGAUCACACACUCUCUCUCAUCUCCUCUCCCCUCCCCCCACUCCCCAUCAAUGACGUCCUCGGCUUCUCACAAGACGGAACGUGGAGACAGAGGCAUCCGUACUGGACGACCAUCUUGGCGCCGCCUUUGGACAGGUGCAUGGAAAGGAGCACACAUGGCAGCCGUCCAACAACCUGAACACAGAUGGACACAGACAAGCAGCAAAUAAAAUAAGAAUAUUAGUAAAGACCUGACUUACACACACAAAGUCUUUGGUACAAUUCGAUGCGCUGACGCGCCGUGCCCAUCUGCCCCGCCGUGCCUUCCAUGUUCCGUCCCAUGCCAUCCCAUGCCAUCCUGCCGCAUCACCUCUUUUUCACUCACCUCACAGUCUUGUGUGCCUUCCCGGCUCCCUGCGUCCGGUGUCUCCCAUCUCUCCUCGUCCUUGUCUUCGCUCCCCCCCAAUCAAAGUCUUGUGCCUUGCCUUGCAGAUAUCUCACCUCGCCUUAACCUCUCCAACCACCCUUUCCCUACCUACCUACCUUACCACCCGCCCAUCCUCGCUCCGGCUACCUCGUCAUCCUCGGGUCGUCCAUCGCAAGACGAGAGAGGCCUAGACCACCAACAUCAACGACGGCCCUACGCACCGCGACCGAAUCCGCCGCCCGACCCCUACCCAAUCAAUCUUUCUCGACCUCGCAUCACCCUGGCCGUCUAUCUACUCCUUCCAAGAACGUCCGAACAUACACACAAGCUGCAUUCUCUCUGUCAUCCCCCAACCUACCUACAUACCUACGUCGCUCGCCGCCAUCGACGUCUGUCUUGGCCACCUGGCUGCACCAUCAUAGUUGCGCCCAAGAAAACGACCCUUCGUCCUCGCGACGUCACUCAACUCACCCCAAGUCGCACAACCCAGAGCCCUCUCGCCAUCGCCAAUUGCUCUCUUACACUCCUGGACGCCAUCCGCACCUCGUCCGAGCCCUACUUGUUCCGCACCGUUCGGCCUCAUCGCGUCGCAUCGCACUGCAUUGCAUCACGGCGCAAACCGCCUUCUCUGAUGAAUCGUAUUCGCACGCCCGCGUGCUGCCGGUAACUGGACGCGCCCUGAUACAGCUACACGCUUUUCUUUUCACACCUCCGUGGAUCCUGUUGCUACGCUGCUCAUCGCCAUCGCAUUUUCUUCGACGACGCUGCGCCCCCCUCUCCCGCCCAAAACCACUCUCCGUCAUUUUCUCUGGCCAUCGUUGCCCCGCCUCCAUUCUGUCGGCUCUUGUUUUCUCAUUUCCACCCCACUCCUUGCAG